UCCUUGCAUAUAAAGGCGCUACAUUCUGACAACCUAACCUUGAAAAUUCUGCAGUGAGUAAAGUAUGAAGAUUAUGUCGUUGAAUGCUUUGACGUUUCGAUAAACACGAUUAUCGAGUCAUGGGUUUAUUUGGAAAAUCACAGGAAAAAAACCCUAAAGAAAUGGUUCAAGAGUGGACUCAUAAAUUGAGAAAAGAAGGUUAUCAACUUGAUAGGCAGGUUAGAGCGAUUCAAAGAGAAGAAGAAAAAGUUAAACGUUCCUUAAAAGAAGCAGCAAAAAAAGGAGAUAAAGAUGUAUGCAAAAUCCUUGCAAAAGAGAUUAUAAGGGCUCGCAAAGCUUGCAAUAAGAUUUAUACUUCUAAGGCACACUUAAAUUCUGUAUCAUUACAAAUGAAAAAUCAGUUAGCAACAAUCAGAGUUGCUGGUUCAGUUUCUAAAUCCACAGAAGUGAUGCAAGCAAUGCAAUCUUUAGUAAGAGUACCAGAAGUAGCUGCGACUAUGAGAGAAUUGUCAAAAGAGAUGAUGAAGGCAGGUAUUAUUGAGGAAAUGUUAGACGAGACAAUGGAUUCUAUUGAGGAUUCUGAAGAUAUGGAGGACGAAGCUGAUGAAGAAGUUGAUAAGAUUUUAUGGGAAGUCACAGCUGGUCAGCUCGGUACAGCUCCUGCAGUUGUCACAGAAAAUCCUGGAAUUGCUUCUACCUCUGCAGAAGAAGAAACAGAAGAUGAUGACAAAGAACUUGAAGAGAUGAAAACCCGAUUGCAAAGUCUUCGCAGUUAGACAAAUAAUUAAAUAAUUCAAAAAUAUUUGUAUCAUACAAAUGU